AUGAAUCCAAAUUAUAAUUACAUCAAUAGAAAAUAUGAUAUACUUAAAAUGCAAAUGCAGCUUUUCCAACAACAUAAUAACUAUGGUUGUGUUUCUAGCGAUGUUGAUCAUUUAGAAACAGAAAUUUCAAACCAAUCUCAGGCAAUUAGCGAAGAAAAGAAAAAACAAGAUGAAGAAGCUGCGAAAUUGCAAGAACUAAAAAACAAAUUAAAUGAAUUAAUUAGCGAAAUUGAAUCUAUUGACAAUGAAAAUAGUCAAAUUACACUUGAAGCUCAAAAUAAUCAAAAGAAAUGCGAUGAAACUAAAAGAGAAGCUAAAGAAACCGAGAUAGCCUGUAAUUUAAUUCAUAAAAACAACAAACAAUUAGAUGGAAGAAUUAAUUCGUUAAAAGAAGGAAAACACGAACUCAAAAGUAAAUUGUUAGAACUAACUGGAACUAUUACUGAUAAACAAAAUGAAAAAACACGACUUGUAGAAGAAAUUAAUGAAAUCUCACAAUCUAAUAAAAAUCUUUUACUUCAAGUUAGUAAAACAGAAAGAAAUCUUCAAGAUAAAUCAGUUCAUUUAGAAGGGAAAAGGGAUACAUUAAAAAAGAGUAAAUCUCGAUCAAGUUUUUUAGCUUCUGACAUUGAAAAGCUAAGAUCCGAUAUCAAAGACAGUGAAAACUCUGUUGUUAAUGAAACAGACAGCAUAAGAGAACUUCAAAACACAAAGCAAAGAUUAAUUGAACAAAUUCAAAGGCAAAAGGAAGAAAAUGAUAAAACAUUUGCAGAGAUUAAUGAGUGUAGAAAGAAGAUUGACGAUCGAAAUUCUGCAAUCAAAAGAUUGGAUAUUCAAAUCAAAGGAUUUUCAGACACUCUCAAUCAAGAGAGAGAACAAUCAGCUGAAAUAUCAGCGGAACUGACGAAAGCUGCUACUGAACUUGCAGAAAAGAAUGUAAAGUUUACUGAAUUAGGAAAUCAACUGAAACUACUUGAGACUGAGAAGGAAAAUAAAUCAAAUGAAUUUGAAAAGAUAAGAAAAGAAAGAACUACACUUAACGAGAGAAAAAUCAGGCUUCUAACUUCACCUCCAAGUCCUCAAAGAUCUGAUGAUCAAAAUAGAGAUCCUAAUCGUUCAAUUGAUGAAUCAGAUGCUCCAACACAUGAUGGAGACCUCAAAGAAAUUUCAAAAUAA